UAUUAAAGAUACGAUCACGAUCACGAUCACGAUCACGACCACGAUCACCUCUUAAUUACUUUCGUGCCAAGUUAUAACUUAUAAGCUCUCUCGUUUGGAUUUUAUAAGCUCUCUCGUUUAGAUUUUACUUUAAACCCCCGUUUUCUAAAACCCUAAUCUGUUAAUCCACCCAACCUUGCUCGAACGAACUGCAAAACCAAAUCGUUCAACUUAUGAUCUAUGGCAAAUGCGAUGAAUGAAAAUAGAGGAGAACCUGACAAAACCCUUACAUUCACGAAACAACCUUAUAUCGUAGAUGUUGGCCCCCGAAAGAUUAAGGACGUUAAAUUCUCAAUGUUUUCUGGCGAGGAUGUUCUCAAACUGGGGGAAGUUCAGGUUUCUCGUUCCCAGUCUUAUGUGAGUCAAGAGGACAAAAGGCCUGUUGAUAAUGGCGUGUUGGAUGCGCACAUGGGUCCUACAAACAAGCUCGGUACAUGUGAGACAUGCCAUGGGGAUUUUCAUAGUUGCCCUGGUCACUUUGGCUACCUGCCACUUGUGCUGCCAGUUUAUAAUGUCGGAUAUAUGUCUCAUGUUGUGGACAUUUUGAAGUGCAUAUGCAAGUUUUGUUCCCGCAUACUGUUGGUGGAGACAGAACGUGUAAACUUCUUAAAGAGGAUUAGAAAUCCAAAUUUGGACCAUUUAAGGAAGACUGGAAUUUAUAAGCAGGUAGUUAAAAGGUGUACUGCUAUGGCAAGUAGUAAGAAGGUGGUGAUAUGCUCUAGAUGCCAUUAUGUAAAUGGCACAGUGAAAAAGGCUGUGGGAACAGUAGGAGUCAUACAUGAUCGAAGCAAGGUGCAAAAUACUACCUCAAAUGAGUUCAAUGAUACUAUUUACCUGAAGGGGUCGAAUACACCUGCCAAAUUGUCACCUUCUGUAGGCCCUGACAAAGCUCUUAAGCUUUUUAAGAAGAUGCUGGAUGAGGAUUGUGAACUGCUUUAUCUUGCUGAUAGACCUGAGAAACUCAUUAUAUCCAUCAUUCCUGUUCCUCCUAUAUGUAUUCGUCCUUCUGUCCCAGUUGCUGGUGGAGCAAUGAGCAAUGAGAAUGACAUUACAUUGAGAUUGGCAGAAAUUAUAAGAGCCAAUGCAUCUGUUCGUGAGGCGUUAUCAGGAGCAAGUGUCCAUAACAAAAGCUUGGGUGUUUUAUGGGAUAAUCUCCAACUUAGUGUUGCACAAUAUGUAAACAGUGAUGUCCGUGUAGCAGAUUCAUCUCAGCAGAAUGGCAAACGAAUUACUGGCCUUGUUCAACGCCAAAAAGGCAAGCAAGGGCGUAUUCGGAAAAACUUAUCUGGGAAGCGCGUUGAGUAUACUGGAAGGACAGUUAUCUCCCCUGACCCUAAUCUAAAGAUUACAGAGGUUGGAGUUCCUAUCAAAGUGGCCAUGACUUUAAGCUACCCUGAGCGUGUUUCAGAUCACAAUAUUGAGAGACUGAAGCGUGCUAUACGUAAUGGAACUUAUGUAUACCCUGGUGCAACCCAUUUAAGAAAGAAAGAUGGUAGCAUAAUGUCAUUGCGUUUUAAUGCUAGAAAGCGUUUGGCUGAGGAGUUGAAACUUGGUGACAUAGUUAAUCGCCAUUUAAAAGAUGGUGAUGUUGUCCUCUUUAACAGGCAACCUAGCUUGCAUCGUAUGUCAAUGAUGUCUCACAGGGCAAAGAUAAAGCAUUGGAACACGUUUAGCUUCAAUGAAUCUGUUUGUAAUCCUUACAAUGCUGAUUUUGAUGGUGAUGAGACGAAUAUUCAUGUUCCACAAACAGAAGAGGCUCGAACAGAGGCUCUUAUGCUAAUGGGGGUGCAACACAAUUUAUGCACACCAAAGAAUGGGGAGAUUUUGGUUGCAUCCACUCAAGAUUUUUUGACAACUUCUUUUCUUAUAACAAGGAAGGACACGUUCUAUGAUCGUGCUUCGUUUGCACUUAUCUGUUGUUAUAUGGGUGAUGCAAAUGAUCCCAUUGAUUUGCCAACACCUGCUAUACUUAAGCCAAUAGAGCUUUGGACUGGUAAACAACUGUUUAGUGUGUUGUUGCGCCCAUAUGCAGAUAUGAGAGUUUAUCUGAAUCUCAGUGUGACUGAAAAGAGUUACACCAAGCCAAGUGGAGAAAGGGUGAAGCCUUAUGAGACAAUGUGCCCUAAUGAUGGAUACAUCUAUAUUCGCAAUAGUGAACUCUUAAGUGGGCAGCUUGGGAAGGCUACUUUAGGGAAUGGCAACAAGGAUGGACUUUACUCGGUUCUUCUUAGGGACUACCAUUCACUUGCUGCUGCUGUUUGCAUGAACCGCUUAGCAAAACUAAGUGCUCGGUGGAUAGGAGAUCAUGGAUUCUCAAUUGGAAUUGAUGACGUUCAACCUGGGGAUAAUUUGAAUCACAACACAAACAGAAUCAUUUCACAAGGGAAUAAAAAAUGUGAUAAUUUCAUCCUUGAUUUUAAUAAAGGAAACCUCAAGUGCCAACCUGGUUGCAAUGCUGCUCAGACCCUCGAAGCUCAGAUCACAGGUGUCCUGAAUAAGAUCAGAGAUGAAACUGGAAAGGUGUGUAUGGAAAAACUACAUUGGAGAAACAGCCCCUUGAUUAUGUCUCAAUGUGGGUCGAAAGGUUCUCCUAUCAAUAUCAGUCAAAUGAUUGCAUGUGUUGGUCAACAAUCAGUUGGAGGUCAACGAGCUCCAAAUGGAUUUAUUGACCGAAGCCUUCCCCAUUUCCCCACAAACUCUAAGACCCCUGCUGCAAAGGGGUUUGUAGCAAAUUCUUUCUAUAGUGGUUUAACUGCUACUGAGUUUUUCUUCCACACAAUGGGUGGACGAGAAGGGCUUGUGGAUACAGCUGUUAAAACAGCUGAGACAGGUUAUAUGUCUAGAAGACUGGUGAAGGGAAUGGAGGAUCUGUUUGUCUGCUAUGAUGACACAGUAAGGGAUUCCAAUGCAAUUAUUAUUCAGUUCACAUAUGGUAGUGAUGGAAGAGACCCUUCUCAAAUGGAAGGAAAAUCAGGAUUUCCUCUCAACUUCGAUAGGUUGUUGAACAAAGUCAAGGCUACAUGUCCAGCUGGACAACACAGAGGCAUGUCUCCUACAGAGAUCUGUGAAAUGGUUGAUGAGCGUCUUUCAAUGCAUGAUAUGAGUACAGAAGGAGGUUGCUCUGAGGAUUUCAGGAGGAAGCUAAAAGAAUUUCUUGAAAAAAAAGCUGCAACACUUGAAUUCACUAGGAGAGUGCUUAAUGGUGAAGAAUCCUUAACUCUUGAAAAUGUUGCUCAAAGCAUAUGUGGCAUCACUUCUCAACAGCUCAAGGUAUUUUUGGAAGUUUGCAUUUCACGUUACCAUAAUAAGAAGAUUGAUCCUGGGACAAAUGUUGGUGCAAUUGGUGCUCAAAGUAUUGGAGAACCAGGAACACAAAUGACCUUGAAAACCUUCCAUUUUGCAGGAGUUGCAUCCAUGAAUGUGACUCUUGGUGUUCCUCGUAUAAAUGAAAUCUUAAAUGCCACCAAGAAAAUCAGGACACCUGUCAUUACUGCAAAGCUUACAUGUAAUGACAGCAUUCCAUUUGCAAGGCUGGUAAAAGGCAAAAUGGAAAGAACUCUCUUGGGCCAGGUUGCAAAGAGUAUAAAGCUUGUAAUGGGAUUAAGAUCUGCAUCUAUUAUUAUUUCUCUCGACACUGAAACAAUUGGAGCACUACACCUCUCCUGUAUAAAUGCAAAAACCGUGAAAGAAUCAAUACUAAAGACUCCCAGAAUCAAACUGAAGGACAAGCAUAUCCGUGUGUUGGAUGAUAGGAGACUUGAAGUGAAUAAUCCAUCUACAUAUGAUAGAAACAAACUUCUUUUCGAUCUUCAAAUGCUCAUAAAUAAGCUCCCAUCAGUCAUUGUAAUGGGCGUUGGCACAAUUGAACGCGCUGUGAUAAACAAAAAAAAGGAGCGUGACAAGUUUAACUUACUUGUAGAAGGGACGGGGCUCCAAGCAGUGAUGGGGACGGAAGGAGUGAAUGGACUUGAAACGACAAGCAAUCAUAUUCUAGAAGUAGAAGAGACACUUGGGAUUGAAGCUGCAAGAAGGUCGAUUAUUAAAGAGAUCCAAUACACAAUGGAAAGCCAUGGAAUGAGUAUAGAUAUUCGACAUAUGAUGCUUUUAGCUGAUCUCAUGACAUACAAGGGGGAAGUAUUGGGGGUGAAUAGAUUUGGGAUUCAGAAGAUGAAAGAAAGUGUGCUGAUGUUGGCGUCAUUUGAGACAACAGCAGAUCUCCUUUUUAAUGCAGCAGUGAAAGGACAAGUUGACAAGAUAGAAGGCGUGAGUGAAUGUAUUAUCAUGGGCAUACCAAUACAGACUGGCACAGGAACAAUUAAACUCAAACAAAGGGAUGCACAAAUUGAGAAGAUGUGCAAGGGAUUGGAGCUCAUUUUAUCUGAAUGAUUCAUUCUCAUUUACAUUUUUAUCCGAGUGCAUGAAAAUACUUAAAUACUAGUGUGCAAAUUUUUUUUUUAUAUGGAUUAAUUUUUGGUUCUGAAUAUAUUCGUGAUCUUUUUUGUGUU